AUGAGAACGCAGCUGUGAACUUUGACAAACUGCCGAGAUCAUCAACAUUCUUACUGUGGCUGUGAUUUGAAGAGGAUCGUGUAUUCCAUCAUUAUCUUUUCCAUUCAUGAGUCAAAAGUGUCUCUUAUUUAAUGCUAAGGUUUCCAUAUGCAAGGUUUUUGUCAUUGAUUUUCUGUGACUAAUUAAAUUUGAAAAGAAAAUCUUCUCCACUGUGUGAUUAAGUGAAAUAAUUUUCCUUGCAAAGCUCUAAAUUUAGUUUUUCUCUCUCUCACUAAAUUCGACAUUUUAAACAACAUGAAGUGCUCUAAUUGCUGACAAGGAGAUUAAAGCUCAGUGACUCAUUAUGUGUUUGUGCUGUACGACUUUUAAGUUAUAAUUGGAAUACAAAUAGUGAAAAUUUCCCAUAGGACUUCUUAUGAUGGAAAAAGUAUUGAAUUUCUUUGUCAUUUGCUGUGUUUGCACCACGAUGUUUUCAAUGGGGGGUGCCACAGAAAAAGCCAGAGACAGAGUGGAUGUGGCUACAAAUGAGGAGGGCAUGGAUGAAGGUACUUUUGGGGGAUACAGCCACGUUGCCACUACACCCAAAAUAGAGAGUCCGGUGCACGAUGAGAGACUUUCCAGAUAUGAGCAGGGCCUGGAGGACUACGAGGAGGCAGCAGCGCGACUAGAUAAUGAGGAAAAGGCGGAGAAGAGACGAGAUGCUGGGGGUGGAAGUGCACCCUAUACCUGGAGAGGUGGCAAUAAUUCAUGGGAGCGUGCACUAAAUCUCAUCGGAGAUGUCGUCUCAGUGGUUCGAUCCCUCAAAUCGUAUCAGAGUACAGCUACUGAAGCCACAUCUCAAGCAUCCAUGGAAUUAGCGGGAAAUUCCUCUGCAAAUAGCGCUGGGUCUCUAAUUGGAUCCCCAAGAGAUGACAUUGACGAUACGCCAGCGACCACAGAAGUUGCGAGAGUGGAGGGCAGGUACAUCAAGGGAGAUCCUCUAAAGGGGUACUAUGACUUUGUCAUCACAGAAGGAUCCUACAAAUUUUGGGCUGCCUUUCAGCUGGCAACUGCAGCCUUAAUUAUUUAUUCAACAUUCGCAGCGAUUUACUAUUCAAAGGUUAAUCCGAUUGUUUCCGAUUAUGAUUAUGUUGAUUAUCUGGGAGGUGGGCGCUCAAUGGCCGGAGCACGGAGCUUCGAUGGUGACACCGAGACGGAUGACACGGAGGCAUCGUCCAGUUGGUUGCCAUCCCUCAACAGCAGCUGGGUCACGACGGCCGUCCAUGGGUUUGAGUUUGUCAUGGAUGCCAUUGAAAAGAUACCCCAAUAGCGUCAACGCACCAGCGGAAAUGCACUUUUGCAUGCACUCGAGGGGAAAUAUAAUAUGUACACUACAUACACAUACACACAAUGUAGAUCUAUUGCAAAAUGAGAGCUUUCCGUGUACAAAAAGCUCAAAACGAAAAUGUAGGUAGUGAAGAAUUCGGGACGUGCACACUGUGUGGAAGUUGCAAGUUUUUUAUGCUCCCACACUCCCCCUGCUCAAGACAUACCUACACAAAACAACGAAAUACUUGAAAGUUCGUCUCGAGAGCUUUUACUAUUAUCUCUCUAAUUGACUGAAGUUGAAAUUGUUUAAAGUUUAUUUUCGGAAUGUUUGAGGCACAAAUCACGCCAACAACAUUUUUCCCGCAUUGGUGCACUGCAAAAUGUCACAUGGAGCUUCUUCACGUGAAAAUUAGGUUGUGCUUACCUUCAGACAAUGCUUUCAUGAAUUCUAAACAAUAAUGUUAGCAAAAUAUACACUAAAUAAUAUCCCGAAAAUUCAUGCGACAUGAAUUAAAAUGAUAUUUUAAGAGCAUUAACAUGGGGAUGUAUUUUCUAAAAUGUACUCAAAGUUUUUUAAUUAACCUGCUCACACUAAAUGCCUCGUGGCCAUGGAAAAUUUUGAAGCAAAGUCUUUACAAUGCACUUGAGAAUUCCUUGCUUACACUCAAAAAAAUCUACCUUGCAAUUUUCAUUGAUAGUUUUGAGAAAAUAAUUUCCUAAUAAUUUCUCGCCUAUUUUAUUGACUUUAAAAAUGGUUUUAAUUAUACCUAUAGCUAGAUUUUCAGUGAAAUGCAACUUAUUUCAUGAUUUUUCUAAUAUAUAUAUUUUUUUUUACUAUUUAUACUGUACGUAUGUGGGUCAAUAGCAACAAAGCUUUCAUAAACAAAUGUAGAAAAAACUUAUAAAAAAAUUCAUAAUGGAAAGCUGCAUUUUACAUCUGAAUCCAUCUACUGAAUACACAAACUAUUUUAUAUAGGGAUAACUUUGACAAAAAAUAUGUAUAUCUGGGUUUUUUUUGGUACCCUUACAUGAUCCACUCCAUCCAAAGUUUCCUCUAUAAAAUUUUAAUCAAAAUCAAUGGAAAAAUUAUUUUCUCGGAAAAAUAUAAAAAUUCCAGGAAGAUUUCUCUGAGUGUCUGCGCAGGAAAGCUCACUGCAGUUUAUGCCAUAAAAUUACAAUACGAUGAAUAUAAGUAGAAAACAGCAAAAUAAAUUAAUAAUUUAGCAUUUUUACCAUUUGGAGUGGCAUUAAAAGUGCAUGCAGGAGGAAUUGGUCUGAUGAGCACAUCCGAAAUUGUAAUUUGAACUCUAGAGAAAUUAUCAAAAUACUCUCGGAGGUGCUUCCUGGAGCACGAACAAUUCCCCGUGCCAGCAUCCGUGGCCACGAAAUACAAUUGAUCCGCCCUGGGGGCACUAUUAUUCAUCUGCCAUACAACGCGAAAGUUUCACCCGCAAGGUAAAAGCUCACUUUCGGGAAUUGGCUUUCGCAUCCGAAUUUCCGCCGCAAGAGAAGCGAGUUCAUGUGAAAAUGCAACAAUAUAUAUGAACAUUUCAUUGAUUUGAUUGCUGGGUUCUUAUACAGGUCUUAAAACGGUUGUAGCUAUUGUUAGUGCUUCUCCCUAUUUCGAUUUUUAUUAUAUAUAGUAUGCCAUACUUUCUUUAUUAUAAUAUAAGUAUAUUGUUAGAGUUUAGAAUAUUGUAUUAGUGAAGUCAUCACUGAAAUGUGUUAUAUAUUCGUUGUGCAAAUUCAAUGGGUAGGAAAGAGGGGAAUGGCAGUUCUGGUGAAGAUAACAAUAAUAAUCAUAAGAAUAGCAUAAUUUACGCAUAUGCCAGCAAUUACGAUAAAUGAGUCUUCUAUUGUUGUAACGUGGAAAAAGAAGUGCGGAGAAUUCCAUCAAGAAAUAAAGCAAAUAAUGGA